GAAAAAUUCAGGAGAAUCUGAAGAUGAAAGUUUGUACAGAGAAUCAUGGAUUAUCAACUGGAUUGUAUUAUGGUCCAUCCCCAAGAUCAGUUUGUACUGGCAAGUUCAGACAGAAUACAGCGCAUCCCUGGUUAGAUAACAGCACAAGGCACAAUGCAAAAAAUAUGGCCUGCAAUAAGGACAUAUACAACAAGCGAUUGGUGCAAACCAACUUGUCCUGUGCCUCUCAGAGCUAUGGGCGGCCAGUGGUGCCUCUACCACCAGCAACAAUUUCAUAUCGCGGACAGCAGUCCAACGUAGAACACUAUAGACAGAAGCAUAACUUCAGAAACUCCAUUAGAGACAGAGGCAACACAAACUCUACCUCCCUUGUGAAAUCCAAAUUUUUAGCAAGAGAGUGGGGAUGGUACUCACAGGAUUCUGAGAGAAAUAUGAACGUUAAUUGGGAUGAGAGAUUUGCUGAGAUUAAGAGAGAAACUAACAAGAAGCAGAAAAACUACUUUCAAGGGGAAGAGAAUUUACCUCCAAAACAGUUAAGCAGUCAGGAUGUUGAUUGUGCAAAUCUCUCUCAAGUCUUUGAAAGUCAGUAUGAUUCACUGAUUUUUGAUCCUCCAAAUCAUUCUCUUUCUCAGGGAGAUUUUGCGAAUAACAGUCAAUCAUUGAAAAAUAGACAGUCCAACUCACUGCUCUCCAUUUUUAAACCAUCCCAAACAUCUUCAAGUCUGUAUCACACAAUGCUCAGCCUAAGUGAUAGUGCCUAUAAGGCAAGGCCUGUUUCAAGCAAAGGUGCAAACAUUAGAUUGACCCACUAUCCUUUAAACUAUUUGAAUGUGUCUCUUGGAAAUGAAAGAGAGGAAUGUUCAGUAAACAUGUAUCCAGAUAAAUGCAAAGCCCAAGAAACUUCAAAGACACCAGACUGUGAUAGUUCUCUUUUAUAUAAUGAUUGCCUUCUGAAUGAUAAAUGUUCGCAUCCUGUGUUGCGUGUGUAUGCACAGCAUUCAAGCACUAAAAGUUGGGUGUGCCCUCCUGGAUUAACUUGUGUUUGCCACAGACAUGAGAGUGCUGACAGUAGUAUGAUCAAUUCUGAAUCGAAUGUUUCUAUGGAUGACUGUCACAAUACCUCUCAUUUUAUUACCUCUGGUAGAAAGACCCUGAAAGUGACAGACACUCUCACCUUCUCUAACAAGGACAUGAAUGACUUACAUCACCCUCACUGUGCUGUGGGUGGAACAUCUGCAGCCAUUUUGUGUUAUCUUCCCACAAAGUCAAUAGACCUGUCUGACUGUGUGACUGAAAUGGAGACUAACCAGAGUGUGCCAGAAGAUGGAGAAAAAUUGGGUACUGAAGACAUGUUCUCAAAUGCUGUGGAAAAUAGGAAAGAGUUAUCAGAAAAGUCCCCAGAUCACUUUUUGGACUCCAGCCUGAAACAUCAAGUUAAACCCUGUUUUCCUGUAAUCAUUAGUAAUAUUUAUGCCAGACAGUACAAAGAUACAAAUGAUUUGUGGAUACAGGAGUCUGCCCAGACCCCAGUUUAUGGAGGGCUUUCCCUGACACCUUGGCAGAGCAAUUCAUCCCAGGGCAAUUUCUGCAGUAGUGCUCAGAAGGAAAUAUCCAACCUGGAGUCAACAGGAGUUGGAAACAAAGCAAAGGGAAUUACUCCGAUCUCAGAUUAUUCUAGAAAUUCCACCCCUUCAAGAGGAGAGGAAAAUAACAAAGGAGAAGAAGAAGACUUCAAUAUGACGCUGGAAGAUAAUAGCCCUUCUUACAACUGGGAACAUGAACCAAUCCUAAAAGAAUCUUUAAAAAGCAAUGUCACAACAAAGCAGCUCCUGCAAACAUUCCCAUUGAUGGACAGCAAAAUGCUACAGAUUACUGAACUUCGAGGAUUUUCUUUGGAUCAUAGGACAAAGACACCAGUGGAAAGCCACUUCAAACCAUAUCAUGAAAGGCUCCUAUCACACUGCCUCUAUGCUUGGCACAACUCUACACAACAGCGCUAUGCUUUAGCUGUAUCGUUGCAGGAACGCCAGCUGUUGAGGAAGGGGCUGCGUGCAUUGCGUUGGGCUGUACAGUUCACUCAAAUGCAGAAGGAAUUUCUGGAGAGAAGGCAAUACAGACGAGUCUUGGCUCAUUGCUUUAACCAAUGGAGAGAUGCAGCAAAUGCUAGCCAAUGCCACCUGAUGGCCAAAUCUUCAAAUGCAGUCGGGAAAUCCUGUUCUGUUCACCUGAGGACCUCGGCCACACUGCAGCAGCUACUUGGGACUAAAAUUUACGGACUCUGGCAGAAACAACACAAGCAUUUACAACAUGAGGAUGUACAGUGCCUCAGUUUGGCUAGUCUUCAUGGCAAAAAGGCAUCUAUGUAUUUGCUUCAGGCUGUACACAUUGAGACUGAGAGAGCUAUCACUAAGUACAGAUGGCAAGUAGGACAGGUGCGCACAAUCAGGGAUUGCUUUGAGGCACAGACAUGGUUUCUUGCACACGAUGUUGCCUCUCAACACAUCUUAGUCAGGAAUCAUGCUGAGAAUUUGGAGAGUUGCUUCCUACAUUGGCGCACACUAUUACAUGUAAAACGUGGAAAAAAAGUGGCUGUGCUGCACCUAUUUCAAAUGUGCCAUGCACAGGUGCAGCAACAAACUACAGCUCUUUGUUGUCAGGCUAAUGGGAAAGAUAAUGACUGCAACAAAAACACAAAAUAUGAAACCUCUGUUCAACUGGACGACGUCCGUGUAACUUAUCAAGCACUACAUUCACCAGCCAAUGUUUGCUCUGAACAGACACUUCAGCCACAAUUCCAGGACUGGAGAGAGGAGCUUCACAAACAUCAGCUGGCUAGGAUCCCAACAAGGAACCAAGUGCAGGAUGCUCACAAGCCCUGUCCUAAAGAAUUCUUCGAACCAUGCCUGCAAGGAUUUGGCAAACACCUGCCCCUGCAGGACGGCACAAGUGCACUGUGUAGAGAGGAGUCUGACUGCAGCUCACCUGAACAGAGCAUUGUGCAGUAUGAAGCAAGACCAGCAAACAGACCUGACCUAGAGAGAGCAGGAAAAUGGCUGCAGUGCAAAUUGGAGAAGCGUGUGGUUGAAGAGCAUCUGAUGCUCUGGGCUGCACGGUUGCGGCAGGUGUGCCAGGUGGAUCAGUUUCACAGACGCACCCUGCUGACACGAGUAUUUCUGAGUUGGAACAAGUGGAGGCAGACCCACCAGAGACAUCGGGAAUUGGUUGCUGGGUUUUCUUUUGGCCGGCAGUGUCGAGUUGUGCUGACUCUUUGGAAAAUACGUUUAUUACAAAAGCAGGAAGCUGACAGAAGAUGCAGAAAGAUGUUGCGUCAGAAAACUCAAAAGGCAAUGUCCCAUUGGCACCAAUAUACAGAGAAGAGAAAGCAAGUCCAAGAUCUCCAGGCUCGUUUCCUUUCUGUUUACACACUGAGAGUGAAGUUUUCAAUUCUUCGCACCUGGAAGCAGAAAGCAGAGACACAGAGAAAUGUGAAGAUAAUGGCAGACAGGCUGGUGCAGAGCAGGUAUAUGCGGGCUUGGUACUCUGCCACACUUCAGAAAGAGAAGAUGUGGCAGAAGCUGUGGACAUUUCAAACCGUACGGAACCAACAGGUCCUGUUAGGGGCUUUUAGUCGAUGGAGGUGUCACUUGGAGCUGCAGUGCUUCUCAGAGAAUCACAGGAAACUUAGAAUGGCACAGAGAGUCAUCCAAUGCUGGAGGCAGAGGACACUACUACACCAAGCUGUGAGACAUCGAGAGACGGUCCUCACUCAAAUAUUGUUCAGCAGUUGGAAGGACGCUGUCAGAUUAUCCCAGCUGUCCCAUCAGUUUGCUGGUAACAUUGAAGAGAGGCAACUGAGGCUGCUAUUGCAUGCCUGGGCCAAGCUGGUGAAAGAACAAAAGGAUGAGGGUGUGAGGCAGAAGAAAGUGAUUUCUGCAUUACAGCACCGAGUGAAGCAGGCUGCUUUCCAUCAGAUGGCGACAUUAUAUCGGAAGCAAAAACAGGCUGUCAGGUUCUACCAUCUAACUUUACUCCGCAGGUGCCUUCUCGCUUGGGUUGGAAAUGUACAUUUGCAGAAGCAUUGGGCAUUGACUGUAUCAGCUCAAGUUUCAUUGUUGCAGCUAAACUCGGCGUUUGUGAUCUGGAGAAAUCAGUUGCACUUGCAACGUAAAAUGGCUUUAUUUGUACAAAGACAGGCUGAAGAAAUCCUGCACAAAGCACUGAGAUCCUGGCACAGGGAGUUACAAGCAAUUAGGUAUCGUGGCAGAUAUGUGUCCCAGAAAUUUGUGUCACGAUGGAUUCUUUUUAUGCUGGCACGGAAGCAGACAGAUCAGUGGGAUGCUGAGGAAUCUCGUGCAAAGGAACACAACAGGAAUCAAUUAUGCAAACGAUUUUUGGUAAACUGGCGGAACCAAUCACGCCUACAGCAAUUUCUGGAGAAGAAAAGAGUUGAGAAACUGCAGGAGAUCUGGGAACAGUGGAAGAGCUUCACUAUGAGCAAGCUAGUGACCAUGGGGCUGGUGAGCAAACCAGUUCCUUUUUAA